GCAACACGGAAGUAACAAAUUCCUGGCGCCAAAAUGGAGGAUCAUAUUGACAGUGAACCCUGGGAGGCCCUAGAUAUUGACGACUCUGACACUCCCUUUCUUCGACCUUGCAAGCGCCAUAACCAAGACCUUCCUAUUCUCUCCCAAUCCUCAUCUUCUCCUUCUCAGUCUCAGCAGCCCAAGCCCUCCCCUCCCUCGCCGCCGCUCAUUCCCGGUCCCGCCGGCGCCGUUCAAGCUGCCAUGCACCGGAGAGCCCGUAAGGACUGGUCCUUCGCCGGCGAUGAAGAUCCGAUCCCUACUCAGGAGUACAUAAGGAAGGUUCUUGAAAAUGGCGAUGUCUGUGACGACGACGACGAUUUUACCAGUAACCCCUGGCUUUCUGCUUUGGAUUUUGUUCAAAGAGAAGGUAACAUGGCGAUUUCUGGAACGCCUCCGAGGUCGAUCAAAAAGGGGAUUCACACUGACAAAGUGGAUUGGGUUGUUGCUCUUAUCAAGUCUUGUACUCCAAAUGGUCUUGGUGAUUUGAUGGUAACUCUGAAGGACCCUUCAGGUACAAUGGGUGCUAGCAUCCACCGCAAAGUUCUUUUAGAUGAAGAGUUUGGGAAGAUCAUAUCCGUUGGUGCUGUUUUAGUACUCAAGAAGGUUGCUGUAUUUGCCCCUUCACGCUCUGCGUAUUAUCUCAAUAUUACUCUAAACAAUGUGGUCAAGGUCAUGUCUAAGGACAGUGGCCCUCCCUCAAAGACGAACUAUCCAUCUUCAUCAGUCAGAUGUGCUGCUGAAACUUCAGAACGCUGCAAUGCGUCACGUAUGCCACAGAUAAUGGUAACACAGGAGAGAACCGAAGGAAUCAUGAGUAAUCUGAGAAAAAGAUCUGAGCGGAGAGGAAGUGUGCAUGGUAACAGAGUAUUAGAAGGCAACACAAUACCAGACAUCAGCUGCUUUAGCAACGAGAAUUCCAGAAACCCAACUGCCAAUACUGAAAAAGAAUCUUCAUUCAAAAAAAUUGCAGUUACAGAGAAUACUUGUAGUGACCACGUAAUUGUGACAGAUAAACAGCCUAACCUUUGGAUACCGGCUGAAAGAGAUAAUUCUUCACAUAGCACACAAACCAUUAAUGCCACAGCAAACCUGGUUGAAGUCUCUGCUGACCAAGAAACUGAAAUUGCGAGUGGAACUAAACCACAAACAAAGCUGCCAGUUUCAAGAAUCUCACCCCCAGAGUGGACAGAUGAGCAGCUGGAUGAACUUUUUGUGUUUGACGACUGAGGCAAUGAAAGAUUCUACUAUUGCGACGAUUGUAAUGCAUAUGUUCA